GGCAGUGGCGCUGGCGUCACCGCAGCCCGGCCCGCGCCGCCAUUGGAGUUCGAAGGCUCCUCCGGCUCGCCGCCUUCCUUCCCCUCACAGGCCGCGGCUCCCUCCCCUCAGCCCAACCGCCGGUUUCGAAGAGAAAGAAGCCCGUCGCCCCUCCCCCUCAUUUUUUUCCACGCACACCCCUGAGGUGAAAGAGGCGAGCUCGCGCGGCGGGCCUCCCUCUUUUUUUUCUAUUUGAGCGGGCGAUGUGAGGGAGCGAACGGGGGCGCGCGCGCGCGCAGGGAGGGGGAGGCGGCUCUCCCCUCCCCCCUCCCCCCGCCUAACGUCCCCCCUCCUUCCCCGUCCCCCCCCGUGCGCGCGCGCGCACGCCUUCCUCUUUCCUCGAGGGGAGGGGGAGGCCACCUGCGCGCGCGCGCUCCCGCGCCUCUCGGUCGGCUUCCUUCCCCCCCACCUCCUGGGCUCUCGUGCCUGGCCACGCCCCCUCCUUCCUUCCCUCCCCCUCCCCACCUCUUCCUCCUGUCAGGGCGCAUGAGAGAUGUCUGCCACCAGCGUUGACCCCCAGAGACCGAAAGGACAAGAUAAUAAAGUGCAAAAUGGUUCACUUCAUCAAAAGGAUACAGUUCAUGACAACGAUUUUGAGCCUUACCUUUCUGGACAGUCAAAUCAGAAUAACAGCUAUCCAUCAAUGACAGAUCCUUACUUAUCCAGUUACUAUCCGCCAUCUAUCGGCUUUCCUUACUCUCUCAGUGAAGCACCGUGGUCAACUGGAGGAGACCCUCCAAUCCCAUACCUCACUACCUAUGGACAGCUCAGUAAUGGCGACCAUCACUUCAUGCAUGAUGCUGUUUUUGGACAGCCUGGGGGACUGGGGAACAACAUCUACCAACACAGGUUUAAUUUUUUCCCUGAAAAUCCAGCUUUCUCAGCUUGGGGGACAAGCGGGUCCCAAGGGCAGCAGACUCAAAACUCAGCUUAUGGGAGCAGUUACAGCUACCCACCCAGCUCUCUGGGUGGUACUAUUGUGGACGGCCAGACAGGAUUUCACAACGAUACUUUAAAUAAAGCUCCUGGGAUGAAUAGCAUUGAACAGGGAAUGGUUGGGCUGAAGAUUGGUGGGGAUGUCACAACCUCCGCCGUGAAAACAGUAGGUUCUGUGGUAAACAGUGCUGGGAUGGCAGGUGCUUUGUCUGGCAAUGCUGGCUCAAGUAUAAACUUGCCAGUGUCGAAGCCAACCUCUUGGGCUGCUAUUGCUAGCAAACCUGCAAAACCUCAGCCCAAGAUGAAAACAAAAAGUGGGCCUGUAAUAGGAGGGGCUUUGCCUCCACCACCCAUAAAACAUAAUAUGGAUAUAGGUACUUGGGACAAUAAAGGCCCUGUGGCCAAAGUUCCAACUCCCCAGCAGAUUCCAUCUCCUCAGUCAGUCCCACAACCACAGAUUAUUCAGCCUAUUCCUGCCCAGGCACCUCCCUUGACCCAGCUGCCAUAUCAGAACCCUCAGCCGCCCCCGCCUCAAAAUCGGUGGGUGGCACCUCGCAACAGAAAUGCAGCUUUUGGCCAAAGCGGAGGGACCGGCAAUGAGAGUAACUCUCCUGGGAGUAUUCCAGCAAACUCUAUCCCUGGCGGUGAAUCCCACCCUGUUCUUGAAAAGCUGAAAGCUGCUCACAGUUAUAACCCGAAGGAUUUUGAGUGGAACCUUAAAAAUGGACGUGUGUUCAUAAUAAAGAGCUAUUCUGAGGAUGACAUUCACCGCUCUAUCAAAUACUCCAUUUGGUGUAGCACAGAGCACGGCAACAAGCGUUUGGACAGUGCUUUCCGCUCCAUGAAUAGCAAAGGCCCAGUCUACUUGCUCUUCAGCGUCAACGGCAGUGGUCAUUUCUGUGGCGUGGCAGAAAUGAAGUCACCGGUGGACUAUGGUACCAGUGCUGGUGUCUGGUCUCAGGACAAGUGGAAGGGGAAGUUUGACGUCAAGUGGAUCUUUGUGAAAGAUGUGCCCAACAACCAGCUGCGACACAUCAGGCUGGAGAACAAUGACAACAAGCCAGUUACAAACUCCCGCGACACUCAGGAGGUGCCCUUAGAAAAAGCAAAACAAGUGCUUAAAAUUAUUGCUACGUACAAGCACACAACCUCCAUCUUUGAUGACUUUUCUCAUUAUGAAAAGCGCCAGGAAGAAGAGGAGGUGGUGCGGAAGAUUGAAGACAAAUCUUCAGCUAAUUCCAAUUAUGAUGUCCAAAUGUGGUUGCCUUCACUGACUGAGGUAGCCACAAACUCAGCAUGAGGUACACUUGGUUUGGGGGUGGAAUGGUUGCAAGAAAUGAAGACUCUUCUAGGUAAUUAAAGGUUUAAACUCUUGCUUGCCCACAGUGAUAACACAGAAUCAGAUGAGCCAGAUUGAGCAGAAUCUGAGAGAUCCUGUUUUCAUUUUAAUACCUUUUUUUAAAGGUAUGUGUAGUCCAUAAAUUACAGGCAUAUCUGAGGAUGUGAUGGGCAUUUGUUGCUCCCUAGGAAGAAUUUAAGGUGGAAUGCCUCUGUUCUUUUCACUGGAUUGAGGUUUGUUUGUUCCACAUGUGCAAAUAGCAUUUAUGUGGGAUUCCUACAGAUUUUUUUUCCUCUCCGACUGCGGCACCCUCUCCCUGUGCUCUUCCUGAGUGGCCUCUGACCUCCAAAAGCAGGAUUUUGUGGGGCGCAGCAGGCUGCAGCAAAAAGGGAGCAAACACCCUCUGUUUAACAGAGUUACCUGAAAUGCUUCCGUCUCACAUUAUUGCUUAUACUAUCUUCCUAGAGUGAGCUUUUGUUGGUAGAAGCUCAUUGUACCGGCACCAGCUCUUUUAAUUGCCUUCCACUUUACUGUAAAACCAAAGAUACGCUUGUCAAGUGCUGUACUCUAUAAGCUUUUCUCCAAUUGAUAACACACAGUUUUGUUUUUAUUGAGUGGAGUUUUGGACUGUGCAGCCACAAAAUCUAUUGUACCCUACUUGUUUAUAUCAGCAUACUUUAAAAAAAAAUCCAGCUUUAUGGGUUUAUGCUGAAGCUUGAAUUAAAACACGCUUGUGAUGGAUGUAAUAAAAUAAGAUGCGUGUGCCAUAGUCUCAAACAAUAAUGUUUGUAAGGUCAGUACACUUUGAAGUCUGUUCUGCAACAAUUCUGGCUUCCAAAACAAAACAAACACUUUCAAGCGAAGGGCUACCUUGAGUUACAGCUUUGGGAUAGUCCCCCUGAAAAUAUAAAAGUGUGCAGUCAGAUUUUGGGAUGCAAACAUGUUUAGAGAAUCCGCAGAUGGCCGAAGUAGCCUCCUGAAAAGGGUAUGGUUGUGAGAAGCAGACUGUCCUAGCACCAAAGAUCCAAAAGAGCUGCUUGUUGGGCCUUCAGUAAGUCACCUGAUUUGAAGGUGGUGUGGCAUGAUGGGAGUGUUGGGGAAGCUGCAGUUAAAAGCAAAUUGAAAGCCUCCGUAGAUGGCAGUAAUUUUUUCUGUAUAUCUCAGAAUAGCAUUUGUUUAAACUUCUGCAUUUGGAAUUGUUAGUCUUGGAGAGGAGGCUGGAAUAUGUUCCUCAUGGCUGGAUUGUGAAUGACUUGUCAGCCGAAGGGCCACAUCUAAUGAGUGUAUUAUUUGCACGCCAUCAGUAUCUCUCUUCAUAGACAUGGCAGACGAUCGCCUACAGUUAGCAGUCUCUAAUUAUUACCGUGGAUUGUAUCGAGACUAAAUUUCUCAGCCGUUGAUAGAACUUCCUGGCCCCUUGCUCCCAUUGAUCUCCACAAAGUGAUGCUACUAGGAGAGAGAGAGAGGCAACCCUGAGAAACAACAUGAGAGAUGCCCGUGGUUGGAAGGGUGGGGGCGGGGAUCAGUGGAAAUUGACAGUUCAUUCUGGAUCCAACCCCAUGAACGAGAAUGGGGAAGACCUUAGAAAAAUCAGCAUAUAGAAACUGAUUGGGAACAUUUGCCGCAAUACUUGCAUAUUGUGAAUUUAUUAAACCUUUUUUUGGAAAGGGGGCAUCAGGAUUCUAACAAAAGCCCACAAAUUCACAAAACUAGAACAGUGGGGUGUGGUCACCUGCCACAUUGCCCUGGAGUUCUCCUGUUACCCAUAGUAAAUAUUUAGGGAUUUCAUGUGUUAAAUGCUUAUCAGUGUGUUAUAAAUGGUAACAAAAUGUGUGUUCUGGCUUAAAAGAGAAGCUUGUGCGUUGCAGGGACUUACUCAGCAUGGAGAAAAUGCCUGCCAAGGGACCCUGACAGCAGUACAUUGUGGCAUGAAAGCCAUAUUGAGCCACGCUGCUGGGAAGGCUACUGCCUCUUUCUAGCUCCUGUGUGUGUGUGAGGUGAGGGGCUCUUCCCUCACUCCCUCAGCCAAAAGCCAUUUUUGGCUUAUUUUGUAAAAUCUUUUCUGAGAGAGGUGGCCUUGAUACUCUUUCUGCUCAAAGCCCUUACGGGUUCUUUUUGCUGAAAACUACAAAUCCUGCCACAGCACCAUUGUUACAGCUCCAGGUGCCUCCUCAGCUUUGUGUGAUUGGGAGAAGAGUGUUUCUAGCAAUACAGAAGUUGGGGUGCGUGUUGCUUAGAUGGCUUGUUUGCUUAGCUAGUAGUGCCACUUUUUUGGCUAGUGCUUAUUAUAUCUCAAGAAGCAUCCAGCUUCCUGCCUAAUACAAAUAAUUCUAUUAGUUCAGAAUAUAAAUAGUUCUCUUAUUAGUUCAGUGUUUGGUAGCUUUUCAGUGGUGAGGGACACUUCUGCCAUUUACAAUUUUUUUUGUGGUUGUAAAGAUUGCAACCAAUUCUCUGUCCUCUUUCCCCUCCCUUUACCCCUGUAGUCAACUGCUCAGAGAAUGUGCUAGAGAGCUGUGCGUUACCAAAUGGAGAAAUGAGAGGGUCUUGAAUGGAGUUUGAUUUGACUUGAUACCAAAAUGCAGAGCGUGUGCAAACCGUGAAACCAGGGUUAUAUCUUCUUAAUAUUGAUGUUCUUAAUGAAGACAUGCUAUUGCAUUUCAGGAAGGCUUCUUAUCUGUAUACAAUUUCUUAGGAUGUAUAAAGUAUUCCUAAAAUUUGAACAGAAUAGUUUGGGGUUGCAAUAAAGACCAAAUGUACUGCUUUAAAACUGCAGCAGUUGCCAUAACUUGUCCUUUAAAAGUCAUCAAGUUUAUUGUGGUAUUAGCCCACAACAGCUUAUACCACAAUUUUAUCUUUAAGGUGCCACAAAAUCCCUUUUUCUAGCUGCAGGAGACAAAUAGCGAUACCCUUUUGAAGUAGCCUUGUAUGUUAAAGCUGAUGCAAGGACUUGAUUUGUUAUUGCUUAUUUUCCCCUCCUGCAUUCUGACUUUGUAUUUUUCUCU